AUGUUUAGAUCUACUUUAUUCAGAAGCCUUAGAACACCAUUAGUUAGACAGCCAAUUGCACCUGCAGCAAUUUCCAUAACAAAACCAUCAUUUGUUCGUUUCUACGCUGGGUUCCCAGCUUUAUCUAGAGAUCUUGCCAAAGAGAGAAUCGUGGAAUUAUUAGAAGGAUACGAUAAGGUCGAUAGCGCUAAGGAAAUCACUGAAGAAAGUGCGUUUGUACAAGACUUGGGUUUGGACUCGUUAGACGUUGUCGAAGUGGUCAUGGAAGUGGAACACGAAUUUAACAUCCAAAUCCCAGAUCACGAAGCCGACACAUUAAAGACUGUUGGUCAGACCGUCGACUAUAUCCUCGCCCAGCCUGAUGCUUGUUAA